AUGGCGGAGUCCAAGGAGGAGGAGUACGUGCACCGGGUGUACAAUGAGAUCGCUACGCAUUUCUCGGAGACGCGCUACAAGCCGUGGCCGAUCGUAGAGGCGUUUCUGAAGGCGCAGGCCUGCGGCAGUGUCGGGUUGGACGUUGGGUGUGGCAACGGCAAGUAUCUGGGGGUCAACCCGGGCGUCUUUCUGAUAGGGUCAGACCGCUCGGAGGGCCUGAUCGGCUGUGCGCAGUCAAUCUGCGCGGCGUACAACGUGUUGGUGGCCGACGGGCUGCAUCUGCCGCACCGCGACGGGACGUUUGACUUUGCCAUCUCCAUUGCCGUCGUGCACCACUGGGCCACGCGAGAGCGCCGGAUCGCGGCCAUCCGCCAUAUUCUUGCGAAGCUGCGCGACGGCGGCGAGCUGCUCGUGUACUGCUGGGCGCUGGAGCAGCGUGGCUCGCGUAGGGGCUACCACGAGGGCAUGGACCAGGACGUGCUCGUGCCGUGGGUGCUCCAGCGGAAGCAGCAGCCGCGGCAGAGCCGGCCCAAGGCCGUGCCGCCAGACCUCUCAGGCGUGCCGGCUGCCGAGCGCGAAGCCCACCUCGAGCGCUGGCGCCGGGAGCAGCGGGAACUACGUGCCCGAGAAGAGCCGGCAGCUGCCGGCCCUGCCCCCGAGCAGGCGGACACCAAGUACAGGUACUACCAUCUGUACCGCGAGGGCGAGCUGCAGGAGGACUGCCAGCUGGCAGGAGGCGUUGUGCUGAGAGACGGCUACGAAAAGGACAACUGGUACGUGGUUGUGCAGAAGCCUCAUCGACAGCCCGUGGUAACCUAG